CCGAGGUGGACCGGAUGCUAAAGUUUAUGCAAUCUAUUUAAUAAGUCCCACAGUUUUGAUGUUGCCAUAAAAGGAGGAGAAAGUUAUCCAAGAAUAAUUGCAUUUCAAGGUUGGGAAUUUGAAUAGUUGAUGAAAAAUGGGAAAAGGUGGUUUUGCAGUAGAGAAGCCGAGCCGCAGCGAUGAAAUGAUUGACGUGCAGCAGCAGAUGAGAAUUGCUGCGGAGGUUCAAUAUCAGUUUGAUGCCAUGGCCCCCAAGCGGCACAGAAAGCCUGAUCGAAGCGAGCGUUCUGAUGAAGCGGACGGUCAUGUCGAGGAUCCGUAUGACGAAGACCAGAUCAUCCCUGAGCUUAUAAAGUUUCAGGAGCUUAGAUCUAGAGGUUUCCAGCCUGUGUUUGUUUCGGCAAAGGGAGAGAUUUUGCCCGAGGAGUUUGUGGAGACGGAUUAUUACAAGAAUUUGAUUGCUGAGGGAAAGAUACAUUACACGACGGGAAAUGGAUACAUAAAGCUGGACUACGAUGGUGGAUCAUAUUUCCGUCUGAGUAACCAAGAUAAUGGAGAUAUGGAAAGGAUUCAUGUAAGGAGCAACCCUGCUAUGAAUGACUGGAUUCCUGCCAGUGAGGACACGGUGAUUCCUGUUUCUUCCAAGCCUGACCGCAGCGGUUAGAAAUAUUCAUGCUUUCAUUAGAUCCUUAUUCACCUCGUGGUGAUUUAUCAUCGAGCAAUAUUCACAGAUCUGGGGAUCGAAUUAACUCAUCUUAUUGGAUAUUUAACAGAAAAUGUGGCAUUCUGUGGCAGGCAGAAAUCUCUUAGAAGAAUAUUUCCUGUGAAUAAAAUUUGUCCUAAUGCCUCUCGUAUGAUGGCCUGCAAAUCUAAGCAAAUACGAUUUAUUUGGUUUGGAAUUUGAACACGAGGAAUAUAUUUAGCCUGUGUGAAUUUCAGUA